AUCUGAAUCAAGCACUUACCCCGCCCCGCCCGGAUGGGCCAAUCAAUUCGGAGAUAAGCUGAGUUGGAUAAUCCGUUGAAAGGGUUAUUCCGAGCACUAUGAUGUAUGAGUUUGAGCAACCGAUAUUUGUUCCCAUUUCCAAUACUAAAACCCAAGCCAAAACCCUACUUCUCACUUCCUCUAUUACACUGUACCGCCUUCAAGCUUAUCUCUGAAACACAACGUUGCACCAUGCUCAGAAUAUUGUAAUAAGCCAAUGAAAGUUCAAAGGAAAACGGCUUCUCAGCUUCAGGCCCUUAAUAAUUUUUAUAAAGAGGAGAAGUAUCCAACACCGAGAGCAAUUGUAGACUUUGCGGGUGCUUUGGGGUUGACAUAUAAGCAAGUUCAAUAUUGGUUUGUUGAGCAAAGGAGGAGAGAGAAAGAGAAUGGAGUGUUAGUGCCGUCAUGUUCUUCUUCGCGAUACAAUGCAGUUAUAAGUAGGAGCGUUAGGAGGCAGAAAAAGCAGAAAAGUCAUCAGGAGUUGUUUACGGCAAACUGCAUUCUGAAGGUGUUCCAGAUGGGUGGCCCUCCUCUAGAUGAGGAAUUUGAAUCUCUUCCUCCAGGUCUAUCCCUCCACCGUGUUGGUCUCAACAAUUCCAUUUCUGCUUGUCAAGGGGAUCAAGGACCAAUUAAAAGGAGAAAGGUUUCUGAGAGUGCAAUUGGAAGUCACCCUGAAUCAAAUAAGAAAGCACCAUUGAAAAAACACGGUAUUGGAAAGGGUUUAAUGACAGUAUGGAGGGCUACAAAUCCAGACGCUGCAGAAGUUCCUAUUGGCUUUGUUGUUGGCAAUAAGCCAUGCAAAACCCUAAACAAUGCUGGAAGGAAAAAGAAUAAACUACAGAAUGUAAGAAAUAAAAUACAAGAAAAGAGGAAGGCUUUCAUUCAAAGAAGAGUGGUGAAAUAUAAGCAGGAUGCAAGUCAGAAUCAACCAUGGAAGGAAAAAUGUGAACUUGUUUUGGGUAGAUUUAUAUCUGAGGAGGAACUUGAUCGAUUGUCAUUGUUAAUUGAUGAUGAAGAGCUAGAGAUGAGAGAGUUACAAGCAAGGGCAGAUAUGCAUAUGUGUUCUGAUCAUCUUGCUGUCAGUGGAAUUCUUGGCUGCUCUCUUUGUAAAGAUGUGCUGUCUAAGUUUCCACCAGAUACUGUUAAGAUGAAGAAGCCUAUCUGUUUGCAACCUUGGGACUCCUCUCCAGAAACUGUCAAGAAACUUUUUAAGGUAUUCCAUUUUCUUUAUACAUAUGCUACUGUUGUUAAUAUUUGCCCCUUCACUCUUGAUGAGUUGGCUCAAGCCUUUCAUGAUAAGGACUCAAUGCUUCUUGGAAAGAUUCAUGUGGCCCUUCUUACACUUCUUCUAUCUGACAUUGAAGUGGAACUUACUGGCGGAUUUCCGCCUCAUCUAAAUAAGUCAUGCAAUUUUCUUGCAUUGCUUCACUCGGUUGAAAAUCAAGAAUAUUCUCUGGACUUCUGGAAAAGAUCACUUAAUCCACUUACGUGGAUAGAAAUACUCCGACAAGUUUUGGUUGCCGCUGGCUUUGGUUCAAAACAAGUUUCUUUGCGAAGAGAAGCACUUAACAAGGAACUGAAUCUCCUAGUAAAGUAUGGCUUAUGCGCUGGCACUUUGAAGGGCGAGUUGUUUAAAAUUUUGUUAGCACAAGGAAAUAAUGGGUCAAAAGUAUCUGAACUAGCAAAGUCAAUGCAGAUUGUUGAAUUGAACCUUGUCAGCACAACAGAGGAGCUUGAAUCUUUAAUAUAUUCAACCCUGUCGAGUGAUAUUACUUUAUUUGAAAAGAUCUCAUCAUCUGCAUAUCGACUGCGCAUGAGCUUGUUUAAGGACAUUGAUGACAUUCAGUCAGACACAGAAGACUCUGGAAGUGUAGAUAAUGAACUUAAUGACGGUAAUACAUGGAGCAGCAGUGAUGAUUUUGAAUGUGAUUCAGGGAACUCCAACUUAAGGAAAUUGAAGUGGGUAAGCAAUUCUACGAUGAAAAAAAAUAUGCUCAAAGCAUCAACUGAAAUUGACGAGAGCCAUCCAGGAGAAGUGUGGCUAUUUGGACUGAUGGAGGGUGAAUAUUCGGAUUUGAGCAUUGAAGAAAAGUUGAAUGCAAUAGUGGCUCUGACUGAUCUUCUUUCUUCUGGAUCUAGCAUUAGGAUGAAGGAUCCAGCAGAAGUUACUGUUGAUUACAGUUCGAGCAUCCAGUUACGUGGUUCUGGAGCAAAAAUAAAGAGGUCGCUAGUAAGGAAGCCUGGGUCAUGUUGGAAUCAGAUUGGACCAAUGCAUUAUGUUAGAGAAGGGCAUUCAUCAUUGAAUCCUCAGUCCUAUGCAGUGGAUUCCUCAUUAUUAUUCUCAAAUAUCUACACUGAGGAGGAAUCCUUUGAGAAUGGGAACAAAGCAACUGAAAUAGGUUUAACCAAUUCACACCCCAUUCAAUCAGUGUUUUUGGGAUCUGACCGUAGGUACAAUAGAUACUGGCUUUUCUUGGGGCCUUGCAAUGUGUGUGACCCAGGCCAUAGGAGAGUCUACUUUGAAUCUUCUGAAGAUGGUCACUGGGAAGUGAUCGAUAAUGAUGAGGCUUUAUGUGCUUUGUUGUCAUUUUUGGAUGAUAGAGGCAAACGGGAGGCACUUCUUGUUGCAUCCUUGGAGAAGCUGAAAGCCCCUCUUUGCAGAGCUAUGUCCAGGACGAUGGUCAACCAUACUAGAAUAUGUCAUAUGUCAAAUUCUGAUCAAUCUGAUCUUGAUAGGAUCACAGGGGAUAGUUACUCUCCAGUAUCUGAUGUAGAUAACCUGAGCCUGAUUGAGACGGUCUGUGACUCUUUACCUUCAGCUGGGGCUGUGGUAAUUGAAGCUGCUAAGAAGGGAGCAGAAAAAAUGCAAAAGUGGCUCCGUCUCCAAGCAUACGAUUCAUGGAUUUGGAAUUCCUUUUAUUUAAAUCUCAAUGUUGUGAAAUAUGGUAGAAGGUCUUAUAUUGAUUCUCUGGCCAGAUGUGAGAGUUGUCAUGAUUUAUUCUGGAGAGAUGAGAGACACUGUAAAAUUUGCCAUUUGACAUUUGAGCUUGACUUUGAUCUUGAAGAAAGAUAUGCAAUCCACACAGCCACAUGCAGGCAGAAAGAAGACAGUAACACUUCUCCAAAUUACAAAAUCUUAUCAUCCCAGAUCCAAUCACUGAAAGCUGCAAUUUAUGCUAUUGAGUCUGUUAUGCCUGUAGAUGCGCUGGUGGGUGCGUGGAGGAAGUCUGCUCAUAAGCUGUGGGUUAGACGACUCAGACGCACUUCAACUUUAACUGAGCUUUUUCAGGUUGUUGCUGAUUUCGUUGGUGCUAUCAAUGAGGAUUGGUUGUUUCAAUCUAGUUUUCCUGAUGGUGUGGUUGAUAAACUCAUUGCAUCUUUUGCGUCUAUGCACCAUACUUCAUCAGCUCUUGCUCUAUGGUUAGUGAAAUUGGAUGCCAUAAUUGCCCCUUACCUGGACAAAGUCCAGCCUCCAAAGAAGCAGGACAUUACUAAGAGAAACUUCUCUGGUGGAGUUUAACUCUCAACUUUCCUCCAAAUCCCCUUCUCCGAACAAGCCGGAGGUGCUGCCUUUCUAAAUCUUAAUUUUGCAUCAGCCCUUCCCUUUUGAAUAUGCUCACUUGCAAGUAAAAUGCAAAACCUACUUAUUCUUUCGAUUCAAGCGUUGAUCUUUCCAUUCUGCUCCAUAACUCCCCAAUGGCUAUAUCGGUCAGGAUCAGAUUUGCACUUGUUGGUUCCCUUCGGUUGAGUUCAAUCUGACUACAAUUGGGCAAACACAAUAUUUGAUGCGUGUAUAAAGCAUAGCCCUUUUUUCUUGUUUUUCUUUGGAUGAUAUAUACGGACAAUUCUUGAUCAGAUGUACAGAACUAGAUUAGAAUUAGGAGGUAACUUGAGUAUUUUAGGCGCGUAAUCCCUCCUUGUUGCUAUGAGGUCACCUGUGAUAAUGUUUGGCGGUGCUUGUCAUGUUCUCGUUUGAGAAUUCAAUUUUGUCAUUGUAUUUAAAUGAAUACUUUGGAACUAAUGGUAGAAUAAAUUUUGUACUGAGGCUUGUACUGAUUCUAGCCCAUUGACUAA